AUGGCUACCGGGGAUCCCGUCCAAGAGCUCUGCGAGGAGCUCGCUUGUCCCAUCUGCCUGGAGCAUUUCGAGGACCCGGUGAUGCUCACCGAGUGCGGCCACAAUUUCUGCCGCGCCUGCCUGACCCAGAGCUGGGGGGCAUCUGGGGCAGAGGCUCCCUGCCCUGUGUGCAAGCAGACCGUCCAACCGGGGAGCCUCCGGCCGAAUCGGCAGCUGGCCAACGUGGUCGAAAUAGCCAAGAAACUCAGUCUGCAGGAGAGAAACGGGGGCGCAGCAAAGAAGGAAGAAGCCAAGGAGAGGAUUUGUGCCAAACACCGGGAGCCCCUGAAACUUUUCUGCCAAACGGAUGGCAUCCUCAUCUGCACGGUCUGUGACAGAUCCAAGGAGCACAAACACCACGAGGUCGUUCCUGCCGAGGAAGCUUCCCAGGAGUACAAGGAUGUCAGAAGUACCCUGCAGAGGUGUGAGGAGAUGGAGAACUUUAAGAAUCCAAAGGCUUUCCCUUCCGAACUGAAACGGAGGCUCCAGGGCUGUUGUGAUAUCGGUCCAUUCCUGGCUGGUGUCAUAAAGCAAUUCAAAGCUAAUGUGACUCUGGAUCCAUCCGCAGCUAGUACCACCGCUAAUGCCAUGCUCAUCCUGUCUGAUGAUCGAAGAAGCAUUACAUGCCAAAGUAAAGACCUGAUUGAAGAUCCUGAGAGUUCCUGGAAAUCGAAACUGAACUGUGCAACUCUCCCGGCCGUCGGGGCAGCCAUGGCUGCCGGGGGUCCCGUCCAGGAGCUUCGCGAGGAAGUCUCUUGCUCCAUCUGCCUGGACAAUUUUAGGGAUCCGGUGAGCAUUGCCGAGUGCGGGCACAAUUUCUGCCGAGCCUGCCUGAUGCACAGCUGGAGGGAGUCGGGGGCAGAGGCUUCCUGCCCCCAGUGCAGAGAAACAGCCCAGCAAAGGAAUCUGAAGCCCAAUCGGCAGCUGGCAAACGUGGUAGAAAUUGCCAAGAAGCUCAGUCUGCAGGGGGAGGGCGGGGCAGAAAGGAAGGGGGUGGAAGGAAAGGAGGGCACUUGCGAGAAGCACCAGGAGCCCCUGAAGCUCUUCUGCAAGGAUGACCAAGCCCCCAUCUGCGUGGUCUGCGACCGAUCCAAGGAGCACCGAGAUCACCAGGUCGUUCCAGUGGAAGAAGCUGCCCAAGAGUACAAGGAUCAAUUUUCUGACCGUCUCAAGCUUCUGACGACGGAGAGAAAAAAAUGUUUCGCACACACACUGGAUAUAGAGGGGGAAAGCCAAGACCUGCUUAAGCAAACAGAACCUGAGCGGCAGAAGAUCGUGGAUGAGUUCAGAAAAAUGCAUGAGUUCCUGGAGGAAAAAGAGAAGGUUCUCCUGGCCCAGGUGGAAGAGGUGGAGAAGGAGAUUGCAAGAGAAAAGUACAAGCACCUGGCCAGGCUCUCCAAGGACUACUCCUGUCUUGAAAGUCUCAUCCGGGAGAUGCAGGAGAAGAUUCAGCAGCCAGCAACUAAAUUUCUACAGGAUGCCAGAAGCACCUUGCAGAGGUUUCAGGAUAAGCAGAAGACUGAGAAUCCAAUGCCUUUCCCUCCACUGCUCAAGCAGAGGAUCCAGGACAUCUGUGACAGAAACCACUUUCUGAAGGUUAAUCUGAAACAGUUCAGAGACACUUUGGUAUCUGGACUUCAGCGGCAGAAAGCUGCAAAUGUGACUCUGGAUCCAGACACGGCCCAUCCCAAACUCAUCCUCUCUGACUAUAGGAAAAGCAUGAGAUUAGGAAGUGAAGCUCAAAAUAUGCCUGACAAUCCUGAAAGAUUUGAUGUCUGGCCUUUUGUGCUGGGACGUGAGGGAUUCACAAGAGGCCAACAUUUCUGGGAAGUCAUUGUGGGAAGGGAGGAAAUAUGGGCUGUGGGGGUGGCCAGAAAAUCAGUGAGGAGGAAGGGCGAUGUUGUCUUUAGUCCUGAGGGAGGGAUCUGGGCAUUGGCGAGCUGGGCAGGUGGGUACUGGGCUCUCACUCACCCUCGGGAACAUCGUCUGUCCCUGAGUGGGGUGCCCAAAAUGAUCCGAGUGUCUCUGAACAACGAUGAGGGGCGGGUGGCCUUUUUUGAUGCUGAGAGAGAAACCCUACUCUAUGAGUAUUCAGAUGCCUCCUUCUCUGGAGAGACCAUUUUCCCAUUCUUUUGGGUGUGUUUAAAUGCCUACCUCAGACUCUUUCCUUAA